UAUUCUGUUUCGAGUUUUCGACAAGACAAAAAACCACGACAAAACUUUUAAUAUAACUUUUUCUGUGUUGCGCACGCAAUGGGUGGCUCUCAAAGUUUACAGAUUCCGGGUGGAGGUACUGAAGGAUAUCACGUUCUAAGGGUGCAAGAUGGAUCGCCGGGACAGCGAGCCGGACUUGAAUCUUUCUUUGAUUUCAUUGUAGCUAUUGGAAGCACUCGGCUGGAUCAAGACAAUGAAACGCUUAAAGACCUUCUCAAGUUAAAUGUUGAACGAGAAGUUAAAUUAACAGUGUACAGUUCAAAAACCCAGACUGUACGACAGCUUGGCAUCAUCCCAAGUCAAAUGUGGGGUGGUUCAGGCCUUUUGGGUGUCUCCAUUCGGUUUUGUUCUUUUGAAGGUGCCAACGAGAAUGUCUGGCAUAUCCUGGAUGUGCAACCAAAUUCUCCUGCCCAGCAAGCUUGCCUGCAAGCCCAUUCUGACUACAUCAUUGGUGCUGAUUCUGUGCUGCAUGAAAGUGAAGAUCUUUUUACAUUAGUGGAGGCCCAUGAAAAUAGACAGUUGAAGCUGUAUGUCUACAACACAGAGAGUGAUUCAUGCCGUGAAGUGACCAUCACACCAAACUCUCAAUGGGGAGGAGAGGGCAGCCUGGGAUGUGGAAUUGGUUAUGGUUAUUUGCAUCGUAUUCCCCUGCGGACGGGUAACGCCGAUCCCCGUACUGCCGAGAAGACACCGCUCCUAUCAGAGCAAGCUAGCGAGGAAAACGCCACUGCGCAAUCGAAUCCCAAUCCAUUGGAACUUGGAGCUAUUCCCACUAUUCCGACUUUGCCAACUUCAUCGGCUACCACUUUACAAGCUAUCUUUGGUCCACCCUCUACUACGAAUGAAGAUUUCAUCGUUCCAACAAACGCUUCAACAGACUUGGCUGAGCUCCCCCCACCUAUUUUCACAGGCGUUACUAUGCCUGCUCCAGCCCCGCCAAAUAUACCAGGCAUGCCUAGUCUGCCACCUUUAACAACGCCCAUCUCGCUCCCAGGCAUGCCCCCUAUAACAGUCAGCUGCUCUUUGCCUCAGUCUGCUCUUCAAGGAGUCGCUCCCGCCCCUCCUGUAUUGUCGGCAGCAGUAUUACCUCCGCCUCCUCAAAUGUCUGAAAAUCCUUCGCCGCCGGGCGUCAAUCCCUACAGGGCGAUACCGAGCAGUGCGUCGGGAGUGUAACAUUUUCAAUCAAAACAACGAGAUUGGGGGGAUUGGUCUUUAUAUGAUGGAUUAUUUUGUCUUGCUUUACCAUGCAUAGUACAGUUGGAAAUUGUAUGAGUGUUUAACUUUUGCUUUAUUGAAUAAAUCGUGGGUUUGAGAGGUGA